AUGAAGAGGCACAUGAGAUUUGGAAAAAAACGAAAACUGACUCCUCGCUACAUUGGACCGUUUCAGAUCCUUGAGAGGUUGGGUCCUGUUGCCUAUCGGGUUACCUUGCCACUGGGAAUGGAACAAGUGCACAGCGUUUUCUAUGUAUCCAUGCUUCGUGGGUAUCUUAGAGAUCCGUUCCAUGUGAUUGAUUACCACUGGAUUGCUCUAGACGAUGAUAUGAUAUAUAAAGAAUGGCCCGUGCAAAUAAUUGAUCGGCAAGUGAAGCAAUUGAGAAACAAAACUAUCCCUAUGGUGAAGGUCAAGUGGAGAGAACACUAUGGGAAGGAGGCCACUUGGGAGAAAAAGGAAGAGAGGCGGCAACGAUAUCCGCAUUUAUUUCCAUAUGAAGGUAACUUAAGUUUAGAGGACCAAACCUUCUACGGGGUAGAGAUUGUGAUGACCCUGACCUCCAAACUAGUACAUUAUAUAGUUUUAAUGAGUUUAAUUGCAUGA